AUGGCUAGCAAUAGCAACUUUGAUGCUAGAGAUAUGAAGUGGGUGGACGAACUUCCAGAAAAGUGGGAGAUGAUUCGGGCAUUUCGGCGGCGGAGCCAGGAGGGCCGGUCGCUCGCACGGGGCUUGCAUCAGCCGGGACACGGCGACAAUGAGGUCGUUACUGCUUCGCUAGAUUGCGCCAAACUCAACUCAGAGCUCCUACUUAUCACGCUCAAGCUGAUGGCCGACCACGCUUGUAUUUUCGUCCCCCCGGUUUAUCUUCUACAGGGUGCGUGUCUGGAAUUCCACUCGAACUGCGGGUUUCCUGAUGCAUCGGCACUUGCAGAUAUGACCAUUCGUUCUCUGGUUGAUGAGUUCCAGCGAGCUUAUGUCAACCUGGAGACGGCAGUGGGCCCUCGUCUUGCAAAGCUUCUUCGAGAGAGAGCUGCAGAGACUGAUGACCCCGGUGAGUUGGCAACUCUUGUGGAUGCUGCCUCGGAAAACCCUCCGAUCGACGAGGGUGUGGAGGUGGCAGCUGGCCAUGGAGAAGAUUCCGACGAUGCCGGGUAUGAAACCUCCGGCGAUGAGGCUGAAGCCUCGAGCGAUGAUGGGGAAAACUCUCCCGUGGAUGAAGCCUCCGGCGAUGAUGGGGUAAGCCUUGAGAUUGAUUCAGGCGAUGGGGAAAACCCUGCCGUGGACGAUGCCACGGGCAAGGAUGUGGGUAUGGCCGCGCCCGUAAAUGGCGAUGUGACACCGACGGAGCCGGAUGAAGAUGUGCAUCAGCCUCCGCUUGCAGGUCCUGAUCAUGAGCCAAGGCCAGGGAACGCUUCAGAUCGACUUUCGCAGCAGCUACGUCUGGCAGAGUUGAAGCUCGAGGCCAAGCGCUUGAUGGACAUGGAGCGAAAGCACACUGCAAAGCAGUUGCAGCUGCAGCUGGAUUCUGAAGGACCUAUCGCUGUUUCGGAUGGGGAGGGAGAUCUUCCCCGAGAUCUCUCGGGGCCCGCGACUACCAGUGCGGCUCCCGAUUUCACGGAAACCCAGGCUUAUGCGGUGGACACGCAGAUGCUGCAGGACGUGCUUGGAGGGCUCGAUCAGGAGGUGCCAUCGCCAGGCCAACCCUUGGCUGCGGGGAGACUUCCGAGCACUGCUGUGCUGCCGGGAUCCGUUGACCCGGCCUGUGAGACCAGUCCCGAUCCGAAAGAGACGGCCGCCAGCGUGGAUCCGCCGAGCGAGGCUUUGGAGACGCCCAGCCCGAAAAACCUCGCUCCGCCUGAGAUCUCCCCUGUGAAGACUUGCAUCACCCGGGACUCCCAGCUGAGGGCGAAGAGCACUAAGGUGGCUGAGAAUGCGGAGAAACCAGGACGAGGGCGAGGAGCUGGUAGAGGACGUGGAAGGGGCGGUGGCCGCCCGAAGAAGGAUGCCGAGCCUGAGCCUGUGGCUGAGACCUCCAAGCCAAAGAAGGGUGGACGCCCCAAGAAGAAUCCUGUGGCUGAGAGCUCCAAGCCAAAGGUUGGACGCCCCAAGAAGAAUCCUGUGGCUGAGCCUGUGGAUGAGAGCGCCAAGCCUAAGGGUGGACGCCCCAAGAAGCCAGUCACGGAGACGGUCGAGGAGGCAGGGGGCGGCUUGGAAAAGGUUCCGGACAUUCCCCUCGAUGUCGUCACCAAGGGCAAGAAGCUACGCCGAAAGAAGGUCUCCAAGCGUCGUCGUGCCAUCCACGACGAUGCCGCCGUCGUCGAGAAGGACAUCAAGGAGGCGAAGAUUGGGGGCACGACCGACGGGCCGGUCCUCGACAUCCCGAAGGCUAAGAAGGCCAAGAGUGUGGACCCGAGCAAGGCCGAGCUUGUCGCGCCAACAACACGCUGCACGGGGAAGCGCAAGGUUGCGGAGACUACACCUGCGGCGAAGUGCAGACCUGGUUCCGGCUUGCAGAUUCGCAGAUCGACGCCUAAGGAGGAGCAGUGGCCAAACGUUUUCGCCCGGCGCUACCGUCCGAGCAAGGACUCUUGGAUGCAGCGUUUGUGGGACGGAAGUGUUCGUGCCUUCUACAGCAUCAUCGCGCCCGAGAUGGCGCCGGGCCAAAAGACCCGGUUGGAGGCUUGCGUGUAUAUACUUUAUAUAAACGAGUUAAUGAUAUUUAAUAUAGGGUUUGGGUUGGUUUAG